AUGUCCCAACCUCAAGCUGGUGUCAAAACUGAAGGUGGUAACGCCGCCUUCCACAACUUCGUCAAUGACUUUGCUCACAUCACCGACCCUUAUGAGCGUCGCCGUCUCGCCUUAGAGAAGAUUGACAAUGCUUCCUUUGGUUGGUACCACGUCCGUGCCAUCUGUGUCGCCGGUAUUGGUUUCAUGACUGACUCCUUUGAUAUCUUCUCUAUUAACCUCGCCACUUCCAUGUUUGUCUACGUCUACUGGGGUUACGGAACUAGCCACAACGGUAAACUCCCCUCCGCUACUUCUACUCUCAUCAAGGUCUCCACUUCCGUCGGUACUGUCAUCGGUCAGCUCUUCUUUGGUUGGCUCGCUGAUGCUGUUGGUCGUAAGAAAAUUUACGGUGUUGAACUCAUGAUUAUCAUUGCUGCUACUAUCGGUCAAACUAUCACUGGUCACUCCGAGGCUAUCAGUUUUGUUGCUAUCCUUACCUUUUGGCGUAUUAUUAUGGGUAUUGGUAUCGGUGGUGACUACCCUCUCUCUUCCAUUAUUACUUCCGAAUUUGCUACUACCAAGUGGAGAGGUGCUAUCAUGUCUGCUGUCUUUGCCAACCAAGGUUGGGGUCAGCUUCUUGCUGGUAUCGUUGCCCUCAUUUGCGUUGCUGGCUGGAAGGAUGAUCUCAUCUAUGCUGAAAACGUUGGCAUGUGCGACCACCGUUGCAUGAAGGCCUGUGAUCAGAUGUGGCGUGUCCUUAUUGGUGUUGGUGCCAUUCCUGCUGCCGGUGCCCUUUACUUCCGUCUAACCAUUCCUGAAACUCCUCGUUAUACUUUUGAUGUUUCCAAAGACGUGGAAAAGGCUGCCGCUGAUGCUGAACAAUUCACUUCUGGUGAAAUUGGUGCCGCUCCUGAAAGCGCUGUUGAUGAACUCCGCCAAACCGUUUCCAAUAAUGAGGAAGAAUACGAGGCUCCUAAGGCUUCUUGGAAGGAUUUCUGGAGCCACUUUGGACAAUGGAAGCAUGGAAAGAUUCUUCUUGGUACCGCCGGCUCUUGGUUCUUCCUUGAUGUUGCUUACUACGGUCUCUCUCUUAACAACUCUGUCAUUCUCGGUGCUAUUGGUUAUGCCGGUCAGUCCAACGUUUACCACAAUCUUUACAAUACUUGUGUCGGUAAUAUCAUUCUUAUCUGCGCUGGUUCCAUUCCUGGUUACUGGUUCAGUGUUGCCACCAUCGAUACUAUCGGCCGCAAGCCUAUUCAACUCUUUGGUUUCACAAUCCUCACUGCUCUUUUCUGUAUUAUCGGUUUCGCUUACCACAAGAUCUCCGGCCAUGCUUUGCUUGCUCUUUACGUUCUUGCCCAGUUCUUUUGCAACUUUGGUCCCAACACUACCACUUUCAUCUACCCUGGUGAGAUUUUCCCCACCCGUUACAGAUCUACUGCCCACGGUAUGUCUGCCGCAUCAGGCAAGAUUGGCGCCAUUAUCGCUCAGUGCGUCUUGGGUCCUCUGAUUAACCACAACUGUCCCAAGAAGGACAACUGUUGGCUCAACCACGUCAUGGAAAUCUUUGCUCUUUUCAUGCUUUGCGGUAUCUGCACAACUCUUCUUCUUCCUGAGACUAAGCGCCAGACUCUGGAAGAAAUCUGCGAGAAGCACCACGGUGAAAUUGACAUUGCUAAGCACCGCUACGAGGCCAGAUUGGCUAAGGAAGCUGAGGCUGAAGGCAUGGCCAGUAACUCCGAGAUUGUCUAA